UGCCACAGUCUGUUGCCUGUACAGUUAAAGUAAAUAACUACCAAAAAUGAUUACAACGUUUAAACAGAUAUUGAGUUUCCCCUGUGUCUUAUUGAUGGUUUCAGUUCUCAUUGUACAAGAUGGCCCGACAUCUUCCAUCCUUCAACACCCGACUGCGGUGGCAGUCGAAGCCGGGCGCAAUGUGACGCUGUCCUGCAACAUCGAAACUUUCACCGGCUACUGCUACUCCGUCUGGUGGUUCAAGGUGCAGCACGCAGAGCCCAUGUUGACCCCGCUCAACACCAUGACCGACAAAAAGUAUUUGAGAGACGGUGUGGAGAAAGUGUGCUCGCUCACAAUCGCAGGUCUGCAGACAAGCGACUCGGCGACCUACUAUUGUGCAUACAUACGCGGCUCAGGUGCUUCCAUCGGUCCGGGCUCGGCAGUUCGGGUCAAACAACCUUCUGAUCAGACCCCCUCAAUGAAGAUACUAGUGCCCUUCGAGGAAGAUGAGCCUAAGGUAAUAAUCGUUUGUCUGGUGGAUGGAGUCGAUCAAGCACCCUACUGGAUCAUAUCAGGACACAGGCAAAACGGAACAACCGACGUCGGAGUCAGUGACUCCAGUAAUUCGACUUCUCAUUUCAUUCGAAACCAAAUCUCAGUUUCAGUGGAGACGUGGGCAUCUGGAGCUCCGUGCACCUGCGUGUUGGAGACAGAGAACCAGAGGCUGAAUAGGACAGUGAGGGGCAAAACAGGUAACUUCAGAAUCAAUCUUGUCUUAUUCUUGAGAAGUCUGGGGAUAUUCUUCUUUUCAUUAACAGCUGUUAUAAUUGUAAGAAUAUCAUGGUAUUUGUCAACGAAAAAGGGGCUGAAGUAA